AUGCCUCGAAACGUGCAUUGCAAGGCCCAAAAACGCCCAAAAGCCGAUCUUCGCCACAUCAGCGGUUCCGACAACGCCGUCGCCGACGCUUUAUCCCGCGCUCCUACCUGUUCGGCUGUCACACUCCCAGCACCUUUGGACUUCAGCACCAUGGCCUCUGCCCAAAUUCGCGAUCCUAAGCUCGAGCAGCUCCGUUCCUCGUCUACGUUUUUGGAAUUUCAGGACGUGCACAUCCCUAACGUAGAUGUUACCUUAGCCUGCGAUGUCUCAACGGGCUCUCCUCGUCCUUUCGUCCCAGAAACCUUCCGACACGAAGUUUUCAAAGCUCUUCAUGCCACGUGCCACCCAGGAGUCCGAGCUACACAACGUCUCGUGUGCGAACGAUACGUCUGGUCAAACAUGCGCUCGGACGUUCGCUGUUGGACCCGUUCGUGCCUCGAGUGCCAGCUCUCCAAGAUCAGCCGUCACAUCAUUGCUCUAACUCGGCCUUUUCCUCCUCCCGCGUCCCGUUUCGAGCACGUACACAUGGACCUCGUCGGACCCCUGCCUCCAUCUCCCUCCAUCACGACAGACAGAGGCCGUCAAUUUGAGUCGAAGCUGUUUAACGACCUCCUGAAACUUCUUGGCAUGAAGCAACACCGAACUACGGCUUACCACCCCUCCAGCAAUGGCUUAGUUGAGCGGCUGCACCGCCAGAUAAAGGUUUCCGUCCGUGCUCAAUCCGACACCGCUCUGUGGGCUGAUCACAUGCCCCUCGUGUUACUUGGGCUGCGUACUGCUCUCAACACGGACCUUCAUUUUUUCCCGGCUGAGCUCGUUUAUGGCACUACCAUCCGCGUGCCCGGGGAAUUCUUCGCUGCAUCACCCCAACCUGCUGAUACCGACUCGUACCUUGCCCAGCUCCGAACCACCUUUCAGAAUCUCCGGUACACCCCUUCACGACUGUCUUCAGCCCGCCCCCCGUUCAUCCUCAAGGACAUCUUCCUUACAAUUCACGUCUUCAUCCGCAACGACGCCGUACACUCCUCGCUCCUCCCACCCUACCUCGGCCCUUACCAAGUACUCCGUCGUUCCGAGAAGUUUUUCAUCUGA